AUGGCGGCCCUGGCCUACACCGGGGGCAAGCGGGAGAUCAACUACUACUUCAGCGUGAGGAGCGCCAAGGCGCUGGCGCUGGGCGCCGUCCUGCUCCUCACCGCCUGCCACGCCGCCUCCCGCCGCUACCGAGGUGGCGAUACAUGUGAGUAUCUUCUGUCCAGUGGGAGAUUUCUUGGAGAAAAAGUAUGGCAACCCCACAGUUGUAUGAUGCAUAAGUAUAAAAAUAGUGAAGCAAAAAAUUGCCUCGUAGACAAACACAUUGUGUUUAUAGGAGAUUCUAGAAUUCGACAGUUGUUCUAUUCAUUUAUAAAACUCAUAAAUCCUCAAGUCAAAGAAGAAGGAAAUAAGCAUGGAAAUAUCCCUUUUGAAGAUAAAUCUGCUUCAAUUAAAGUGGAUUUCCUGUGGUAUCCAGAAGUUAAUGGCUCUAUGAGGCAACGUAUCAAAUCUUGGACUGAGGGUUCUGUGGCAAAACCUCAUAUAAUUGUAGCAGGAGCUGCCACGUGGUCUAUCAAGAUUCACAAUGGCAGCAACGAAGCCCUCACACAAUAUAAAAUCAAUAUCACUUCAAUUGCACCUCUUUUGGAAAAACUAGCAAAAAGUAGUGAUGUUUACUGGGUCUUACAAGAUCCUGUUUAUGAAGAUAUGCUGAGUGAAAGUCGGAAAAUGAUCACUAAUGAGAAAAUAGAUGCUUAUAAUGAAGCAGCUGUUCGUAUUCUGAACAGCAGCUCCCGAAAUUCCAAAGCUAAAGUUAAAGUGUUCAGUGUAUCAAAAUUGAUAGCACAAGAAACUAUCAUGAAGUCUGCAGAUGGCCUGCAUCUCCCUGAAUCAAGCAGAGAUACAAAUGCGAUGAUUCUUAUGAACGUCUACUGCAAUAAGAUAAUGAAGCCCAUUGAUGGCUCCUGCUGCCAGCCUCAGCCUCCUCUCACUCUGAUACAGAAGUUAGCUUUCUGUUUCUUUACUUUGUCCAUUAUUGGAUAUUUAAUUAUGAAUUUAAUUCAUCGGAAUAAUUAUCGGAAGAACAAAUCAUGCGCUGAUUUGGAAAGUGGAGAGGAGAGGAAACCUGCCAUCAGCACUCCUAAUGUUUCUACUUUAGAGAUGCUCUUACACUCCUUCUGCAAACUUGGUCUAAUCAUGACCUAUUUUUAUCUAUGUGACAGAGCAAAUCUUUUCAUGAAGGAAAAUAAAUUUUAUACACAUUCAUCUUUCUUCAUACCAAUCGUCUAUAUCUUGGUUUUGGGGGUAUUUUAUACCGAAAAUACCAAAGAGACUAAAGUGUUAAAUAGAGAACAGACUGAUGAAUGGAAGGGCUGGAUGCAACUUGUUAUUUUGAUUUAUCAUAUCUCUGGAGCAAGCACUUUUUUGCCUGUGUACAUGCACAUUCGAGUUCUGGUUGCUGCAUAUCUGUUCCAAACAGGUUAUGGGCACUUCUCAUAUUUUUGGAUAAAAGGGGACUUCGGUGUAUACAGAGUGUGUCAGGUUUUAUUUCGUCUCAAUUUCUUGGUUGUGGUACUGUGCAUAGUGAUGGACCGACCUUACCAGUUCUACUACUUUGUGCCAUUAGUCACUGUCUGGUUUAUGAUCAUUUAUGCCACCUUAGCUAUAUGGCCUCAGAUAGUCCAGAAGAAAGCAAAUGGGAACUGCUUAUGGCACUUUGGUUUACUGCUGAAACUGAUUUGCUUACUGACAUGUAUAUAUUUUCUGUCAUAUUCUCAGGGUGCAUUUGAGAAGAUAUUUUCUUUUUGGCCACUGUCCAAGUGUUUUGAACUGAAUGGGAAUGUCUAUGAAUGGUGGUUUAGGUGGAAGUUGGAUCGCUAUGUGGUUUUUCAUGGGAUGCUAUUUGCUUUUAUUUAUCUGGCAUUGCAGAAACGUCAGAUGAUAUCAGAAGGAAAGGGAGAUCCUCUUUUCUCCAACAGAGUUUCAAAUGUUUUAUUAUUUAUUUCAGUUGUAUCCUUUUUGACCUACUCUAUUUGGGCUAGUAGCUGUAAAAACAAGACAGAGUGCAAUGAACUACAUCCUUCUGUUUCUGUGGUGCAGAUUUUAGCUUUCAUCCUCAUCAGGAACAUUCCUGGAUAUGUCCGAUCUGUGUAUAGCUCGUUCUUUGCCUGGUUUGGCAAAAUUUCUCUAGAGCUUUUCAUUUGCCAAUACCAUAUUUGGCUGGCAGCAGACACAAAGGGGAUCUUGGUGCUAAUUCCUGGAUAUCCAAUGUUUAAUGUUCUUGUCAGCACUUUUAUAUUUGUGUGUGUGGCACAUGAAAUUUCUCAGAUCACUAAUGAUCUAGCACAGAUUGUGGUUCCUAAAGAUAACUCAACUCUGCUGAAAAGGUUGCUAUGCAUAGCUGGAUUCUUUUCUGGACUGCUCCUCUUCUCAGCAAUGCAAGAUCAGUCAAGGCAUUAACUUGAAAAGAUUCUUGGAAACUUUCUUCAGGUUUACUUUGUGUCUGCCUGAACAAAAAUUCUCAACUGGAGGUACAAGAAGACAUUUAAAUUAAGUGUGUGGAAAAUGUAUAUAGUGCAAAUGUACAUAUUUUGUGUGGAAAUGGCCUUCUCAAAUGAUCUGAGAAACAAGAAUGCACUGUACAGAAUUGCAUGUGAAAAUGAGUCUUUUCUACUGGAUAUAUGUUUCUGUUUACAUAUCUGUUUAAACGUGACACGAAGAAGUGAAGUUAAAUGGUUUAGCAAUAUCAUGUGCAUAUCACGGAAUUAACUUUACCUUAGGUCAGCCGAAUGACGAGUGGAUGUUACUAGAGUACCGCCUAUACCUAACACAUGCUGUAAUCAUUGUCAAGGAACAAAAAAAGAGCAAACUUGUGAUGCUUCCUUAAUGGUCACCUUUAGCUGAUGUGAAACAUGAAGUUACUGGUAAACCAGGGCAUUUUUCUGAACAAAAUGAUAAUUUUUUGUUUAGAAAUGAGUAUUUUGGGUGGAGAUAGUAUACGUUAUAUGAAACCCUUUAUACGUGGAACCAAAAAGUCAUCACCAAUUAGUGAUUUAAGAUUAUAUACAAGUUUACAUAAUAUUUUAUGGGGGUUUUUUUUAGAAAUUUAAGAUGUUUUCAGCAAAUACGGUGAAUUCUG